CCUCCUCUCCUCUCCCGCCUAUCAUUGCGCUUGCCGAUAGCUCAGUGCCACCACCACCUCAGAAAGAAGGCCCCAAGAAGAUGACCCCAAGGAAAGAGAGAGAGCUCCUGGGCACAAACACAGCCCACCCUGUGUACUCCAUGUCCCACGAAAUGAUUCGACCCUUGCUCUUAGACCCGUCGGAUGUCUAUGAUCCCUUGGUCUUAGAACUCUUAGUGCAGUCCCCGGUCUUCAUUCUCCCCUCGACACAUCUCCAUUUCGUACCUACCUACCCCAGACGUCGUCUACUUAAGAACCUCGUGCCCCCAUCCAUCACAGGUCGUAUUUUGAUUAGCACACAUGGUUCAUCACUCAGAAUCCACCCCCGAAGCUUCUGAUCAUCUAGAUACCCGCACUCGACAAGCUUCUUCUUCCAACACAUCUGCACGACACCUUCUCCAAACCAGCUCGUCUCGAUCGCAUUCGCCCACGAUGAGCGCCCCGCAACACGAGAGCACUUCUACGGGCAAGGCCCGUGCCCCCGAUUAUGAGGAGCGCAGCGAAACCACGGCCAACGGUGGCGGUCUUGGUCUUGGACAGGGCGGCUUCAAGCCUCACAAUGAGAUGACGGUCCAGCCUCCCACCAAGGAGGAUCUCCAGCGCAGCUACGCCAGAGUUGUCGCCGAAGAUGCCAACCCCAAGGGUUGGUACGGAACCAUGAUCAACACCUUUGGUGCCUGCAUUGGUACUCUUGGUGCCAUCCCCUGCUGCAUCGUCUGCCCGAACCCUUACAAGAACGUGAACCAGGGUAAUGUCGGCCUCGUCACCAAGUUUGGCAAAUUCUACAAGGCCGUCGACCCUGGUCUUGUCAAGGUCAACCCUCUCAGCGAGAAGCUCAUUCAGGUCGACGUCAAGAUUCAAAUGGCAGAGGUUCCCCAGCAGACUUGCAUGACCAAGGACAACGUCACCCUGCACCUCACCUCUGUCAUCUACUACCACAUUGUCGCACCUCACAGAGCCGCCUUCGGUAUCUCCAACGUCCGCCAGGCUCUGAUGGAGCGAACCCAGACCACUCUCCGCCACGUCGUCGGUGCCCGCAUUCUCCAGGAUGUUAUUGAGCGUCGUGAGGAGAUUGCUCAGUCCAUUGGCGAGAUCAUCGAGGAUGUCGCUGCCGGAUGGGGUGUUCAGGUCGAGAGCAUGCUCAUCAAGGACAUCAUCUUCAGCCAAGAGUUGCAGGAGUCGCUGUCCAUGGCUGCUCAGAGCAAGCGUAUCGGUGAGAGCAAGAUCAUCGCAGCCAAGGCUGAGGUCGAAUCCGCCAAGCUCAUGCGCCAGGCUGCCGACAUUCUGUCGUCUGCCCCUGCCAUGCAGAUCCGCUACCUGGAAGCCAUGCAGGCGAUGGCCAAGUCUUCCAACAGCAAGGUCAUCUUCCUGCCUGGUCCUGGCCAGACCAUGCCCAACAUUCAGCAGUCGCUCAGCGGCAACAACCAAGCGGGCGAGUCGAGCGGUGCCAAUCACGGCACUGGCGACUUCAACGACUUUGGAGGUCAGGAUUCCGGCUUUCAGCAAGCCAUUAACUCUCGUGUCAUCGAAAACAUCUGAGUUCGCACCGAGUGCUGACUUGAGGUCUCGUGUGGGGGAAUAGCUUGGUCACACUAAAGCCGACCCCUUUACGGCUGUCACCAAUCACGCUUUGAUUCUCUUGCUGCGACGUCAAUACCCCCUUGCGCUUCACGAUACUCCGACACGACUGAUUUUUCAAAUACCCCUUUGCGACGAACAAUUCUAUACAACGAAAUAGUAAAACCAUAAAAAAAAAAAACAUGUACUUGUAGGACGCGGGAGAGAUGUGGGGUGAGGAUGGACAGAGGCCUGCUCGGGGGAUGAUACCUCAAAUCGGCAUGAUCACAUUGGACGGGCUUUGCAGUAUACCCAUUUCAUUCGCUUGGAAUUCGACUCGGAGGACAUAAUGCUAAUGGUACUGAAAUUGAAUACGAAUUUCCACCUCGA